GCUGCCUAGCUCGAGAGGGGUUCCUAAUCAGCGCGCGUCAGGGCGGUUUAUUCUCCACUGGAGGGCGAGUGGUACAAGAGCACCGGGACACUCCGGCAAGCAGUGAGACAGAGCAGACAGUCGGAGGGAGACGGGAUAGAGCAGCAGCUGGAAGACACAGACAGACACACACACAGACAGACAGACAGGCAGAAGAGACAAGAGAGAGAGAGAAACCCGGACCCCUGCAAAGCAUCGUUUCUUUCCGCCGUUGGAUUUAAAAACCCGUCCCGACCUGAAAACACAACAGCGAAAUCACGCCAAGGCAUGAGCUUCUCCCGCUGAACGUUAUUGAUGCUGAACUGAGUGGUCCAGUGUUGUCCUCCAGUGUUUCCCCUUCCCUCAGUUUUUCUGUCCCUCUGUCUGUCACCCGGUUUGUGAGCAGCCAUGACAAAGUCCUACGAGUUCAACUGGCAGAAGCACCUGCCUGAGUUCAUGCAGGAAGGCACCUCCUUCGACAGGUUUGAUGAGGAUCCUUACAUCUUUGAGCCCAACUGUCAGAUGAGGGUGGACGAGUAUGGUUUCUUCAUCACCUGGAAGAGUGAGGGAAAGGAAGGCCAGGUUCUCGAGUGUUCCCUCAUCAACAGUAUCCGUGUUGGUGCCGUCCCAAAGGACCCCAAGAUCUUGUCGUCAUUCGAGGCCAUCGGAAAGACGGAGGCAGACUUGGAGGGCUGCAUCAUCUGCAUCUGCAGCGGCACUGACCUGGUCAACCUCAACUUCAUGUUCAUGGUGGCGGAGAACCCAGACACAGCCAGGAAAUGGAUCGAGGGUUUGAGGUCAGUGAUUCACAACUUCAAGGCCAACAACGUCUGUCCAAUGACCUGCCUCAAGAAACAUUGGAUGAGAAUGUGCUUCCUGACCAAUGUGAAUGGGAAGAUUCCUGUGAGAGGCAUUACUCGAACAUUUGCAUCUGGAAAGACAGAAAAAGGGAUCUUUCAGGCCCUCAAGGAUCUUGGCCUUCCUAGUGGAAAGAAUGAUGAGAUUGAACCAUCAGAUUUCACCUUUGACAUUUUCUACGCGCUCACACAGAAGAUCUGCCCUCGCACAGACAUAGAGGAACUUUUCAAGAACAUCAAUGGGAACAAAACUGAUUAUUUAACUGUAGACCAGUUAGUCAGCUUUCUGAAUGAAAACCAGCGUGACCCUAGGUUAAAUGAGAUCCUGUUCCCGUUCUACGACCCCAAGAGAGCCAUGCAGAUCAUUGAGAAAUAUGAGAGAGAUGAAGAAUUAAAGAAGAAAGGUCACAUGUCCAGUGACGGGUUCUGCCGGUACCUGAUGUCAGAUGAAAAUGCUCCAGUUUUCUUGGACCGGCUGGAGCUGUACCAGGAAAUGGACCAGUCGCUGGCCCACUACUUCAUCAGCUCCUCCCACAACACUUACCUGACAGGGCGACAGUUUGGAGGGAAGUCUUCAGUAGAGAUGUACCGUCAGGUCCUGCUGUCUGGAUGCAGAUGUGUGGAGCUGGACUGCUGGGAUGGGAAAGGAGAUGACCAGGAGCCCAUUAUCACUCAUGGCAAGGCCAUGUGCACAGACAUCCUGUUCAAGGAUGUUAUCCAAGCUAUCAAGGAGACAGCAUUCGUCACUUCAGAGUACCCUGUUAUUUUGUCCUUUGAAAACCAUUGCAGUAAACCACAACAGUACAAGAUGGCCAAGUAUUGUGAGGAGAUCUUUGGUGAAUUACUCCUCAAACAACCUCUGGAAAACUACCCGAUUGAAUCUGCGCGCCCGUUACCCUCCCCAAAUGACCUGAAACGCAAAAUCCUCAUCAAAAACAAACGCUUGAAACCUGAAGUUGAACAGAAACAGCUCGAGGCCUUCAAGAAACGCAUAGAGGCAGGAGAGACCAACACGCCUGCUAUCAUUUUGGGAGAGGAGAAUGAAGACGACGUAGAGAACGGAGAAAAAGAUGCUGAGGAUAAGGAUUUGAAUUCAGAGGCUCCCAGUUUGUCAGAGGCAACCAGUGAGAAAGAGGCCAACAGUGUUUCCCAGAGUAACGCUGUCAGCUCGAGGAAAGAAGAAGAGCGCAGCAACAGUAUCAAGAAGGUGCCUGAUGAUGAAGUGACAGAGAUGUCUGAAGUCACAGAAGCAACAGACGCCACAGACAUCUCAGAAGCAUCUGACCAAGAAAAUAACAAGAAGGGAGUCGAGGAGGCGGAAGACUCUGAAGAGGCUCUGAUAGCUCAGUACACCUACGAAGGAGCCACCACUAACAUCCACCCGUAUCUCUCAGCCAUGGUCAACUACGCACAGCCUGUCAAGUUCCAGAGUUUCGAUGUGGCGGAGGAAAGGAACAUUCACCACAACAUGUCAUCUUUUAAUGAGUCUGUCGGUCUGGGCUAUCUAAAGACCAAUGCCAUCGAGUUUGUCAACUACAACAAGCGUCAGAUGAGCCGUAUCUACCCCAAAGGGGGCCGUGUGGACUCCAGUAAUUACAUGCCUCAGAUCUUCUGGAACGCAGGCUGCCAGAUGGUCUCACUCAACUUCCAGACCCCAGAUCUGGCCAUGCAGUUGAACCAGGGGAAGUUUGAGUACAACGGCUCCUGCGGGUACCUGCUGAAGCCCGACUUCAUGCGGCGAUCAGACAGGAUGUUUGACCCUUUCUCAGAGACACCGGUGGAUGGCGUCAUCGCUGCAACCUGCAGCGUACAGGUGUUCUCUGGUCAGUUCCUGUCAGAUAAGAAAAUUGGCACAUACGUUGAGGUGGACAUGUAUGGGCUUCCGACAGACACCAUCCGGAAGGAGUUCCGCACACGUAUGGUGAUGAACAAUGGACUGAACCCAGCCUACAACGAGGAGCCCUUCGUCUUCAGAAAGGUGAUAUUACCGGAUCUGGCAGUACUGCGCAUCGCCGUCUACGACGACAACAACAAGCUGAUUGGUCAACGCAUCCUGCCUCUGGACGGCCUGCAGGCUGGCUACCGUCACAUCUCGCUGAGGAACGAGGGCAACAAGCCCUUGUCGUUGCCCACCAUCUUCUGCCAAAUCAUCCUCAAGACCUACGUGCCCGACGGCUUUGGAGCAAUCGUGGAUGCCCUGUCAGACCCAAAGAAGUUCUUGACCAUUGCAGAAAAGAGAGCUGAUCAGAUGAAGGCGUUGGGGAUUGACACGAAUGACAUAGCAGACGUUCCCAGUGGAAGCUCAAAGAACGACAAGAAGGGAAAGGGGAGAGACACGGUGAAGGCCAGUGUGACACCGCAGGCCAGCUCAGACAUGGCCCAGACCUCCAACUCCGCCCAAAAUAACACCGCAGAAACCAAGAAGGAUACUGCACUCGUGCCUAUUGUCAGCAUCGACGACUUAAAACAAAUGAAGACGUACCUUAAACUGGUUAAAAAGCAGCAGAAGGAGCUCAGCGCUUUAAAGAAGAAACACUCAAAGGAUCAAAAUACAAUGCAGAAGGCCCACUGCACCCAGGUGGACAAGAUGGUGUCUCAGCAUGACAAGGAGAAGACAACCCUGGAGAAACUACUAGAGAAGGCCAUCAAGAAGCGAGGGGAAAACAACUGCCAAGAGCUGAAGAAAGAGACAGAGGAUAAGAUCCAAUCGCUUGUUGCUGAUCACAAAGUCAAGGUAAAGGACAUCACAGCACAGCACACGAAAGAGUGGUCAGAGCUGAUCAGUAGUCACAGCAGUGAGGAGCAGGAGAUAAAGGACGGCCACGUCACACAGCAGUGUGAACACCUCAAGAAACUCCUGGCCACUGUCCAGGAACAGCAGAUCAUGCAGCUCAAACUCAUCCAUGAACGGCAGAGCAAAGAGAUGCGUGCCAACCAGGCCAAGAUGUCUAUGGAAAACAGUAAAGCCAUCAGCCAGGACAAGACCAUAAAAAACAAGGCAGAGAGAGAGAGGAGAGUGCGGGAGUUGAACAGCAGCAACACCAAGAAGUUCUUGGAUGAGAGGAAGAGGCUGGCCAUGAAGCAUCAGAAGGAGAUGGAGCAGCUAGAGAAAAAACAGAGAGAACAGUUGGAGAAACUGGAGAAGUUCAAUGAGCAGCUUUUGAAAUCACACCAUGCAAACAAACAGGUUCAAGGCCAAGGACAUGCAGCAGAUGGUGAAGUUGGAGGAGGAGAUGGACCGCAGACCUGCCACGGUGGUGUGAGCAACUGAGACCAAGACACAAGCACGCACGCACGCACACACACACACACACACACAAACAUAUACUCACACACGCAGGUGCAGAAACACUCCACCGUGGAUAGCCAUCUACAGAGACAUUAACCCGGCUUACACCACCGUCUCUGUACUUUUCUGUCAUGCUCACACACAGACACAGUAGCCCCCCCAUCUCUAACUUUAUACCACUGAGCCUCUGGCACUUUUCACUGUCCGUAACUCACUUCAACAUGAGAAGAAAUGUUACGUCUGAGAUGACACAUCCCCUCCUCCGCUGUAUGUAGAUCUAAACUUUCACCUUUAGUGUUCUCUGCGUCCUAUGGGCAACAAAAGCUGCAGCUAUUGGUGGAAACACACACAAACAAACACGCGCACAAACACUCACAGGAAGUGGACAUCCGCUCCACUUUUUGACUUAUUUGUUUGUUUGUUUUUAUUACUACCCGAUUAACUGCUCCAGAAACAGCAUGGAAGAGGGGAGAAGAAUAUGUUUAAGAUUUAAUGUCAAUUCAGCACAAAUGAAUAAACUUUGUGAAAUACACUGUAUGCUACACACCAGUCCAGUCCUGAGCACUUUGUAUGUGAUAGGCCAUCAUACCAGUGUGUUAAAUGUAGCAGUGCACUACUGUAGGUUCUCUGUAGUUCAGUAAGAAUGUAUUUUUAAAAAAGAGGAAAAAGAAAUCACUGUAUGAAGGAGUGGCAAACCCCUGUGUCACCUGUUCCCACAAUGCAACUUGUUUGACUUCACAGAGAUGUACUCAUGACUUUUCUUUUGUUGUUCAACAAUGUUACAGCCUACUAUAAAAAGGUAGAGUCAGAAGACUAUGAAGGGAUCAUGAUGGAUUGAUUGUUACAGCCGAUUUCUCACUCAAAUUGUCUUUUAGUUACAAGGAGACAUCCAAGAGUUGGUGUAACUGCUGUGCUUCACUAGAAAAACAUUUUUUAUUUUCGAGUGAAAUUGCUUGUGCUUCACAAGUUUACAUCUGCAAAACUCAACAUUUUUUACUCCUAAUUUUGGGUUUAAAAUCAUGUAUACUAUGCAAAAACAAAAAAACAAAAGACAAAAAAACAUGAUUUUCUCAAAAUCUAAGGUGUACAAAAUACAAGAAAUCAAUCAGGGCGAUAACAGCAACCAAAAAGGUAGACUACUGUACAGAUAAGAAUAUUACAGUAAUAGUGAUCAAAGUGUUUCUUUAACAUGGUGAAAGAAUAGUUGCAUCCCUACAAACCAAAGUAAUGACAGAGUAUGGACAACACCUAAUUGAAAAUGAUGAUGUAAUAAAGGGGGCAUGUACCAGUACGUAAAAGGCUAAGUAGGAUUAAAAUGGGCCUUUUUAUUAAUGAGUUUUGCACCUGAAACUCUUGUGAAAGUUGCCACAUCUGUAUAAACUGGUAACAAAAUGAAUCCAUUCUUGGCAGCACAUUAAGUCUGCUAGGAUACUUUUUUGUUUUAAUUGACCGGCCAAUCACCAUCAGACAAGAACGUUGGCAGACACAAGUCAGAGCCACUUCGUCUUGUCAGUUUUCCCGCUCAUUAAGGCGUUGUUGAAAGUGAAGUGCUCCCUUAAUAGCUUCUUGACUGCACGUUAGCAACCUCAGCUUGUAAUCCUCAUCAUUUCCCUGCUGGUCUUUUUCAGAUCAGCCUGAAUAAUUCACAUUUGUAACAAAGCCUGUGACAUGGCUGCCACACACACACACACACUUAUCCACACCAGGGAUUUCAGACAAGGCCUAAAUGUGUCCCAAACCGGUUCCCUCUAAAUGUUUAUGGGACUACAGAUGAGGAAGCACUAUUGUCCACAGCCCUGGUGACACUGCUGGACAAAAAGGCCACUGCAGAGAAUAAAAUGUGACUUGAAAGUACUAUUGAUAUGAAGUAAUCCUGUGGGUACUGUAGUAUUUGUGCACAUGACAUCAUGCCAGGCAUUCCUGUUGCAUGGUGCACCACAAACAAAGACAAAUGUCAUAACGAUGAUAUGAAAACACAGAAACAUGGGGAUGUGUUGGAUUGUUUGAAGAUUUUCUUUCUGUUGUUUUAUUGUGCUGUAACACACGUAAAAGGGUAGACGGGAUGGGGUUUUUUGUAUAUACUGGAAUGUAUGUAGUUUUAAUUUACUUUUUGACCAAUUUAUCCUCUGUCAUACAAGGGCUCAGAGGAUAGAGGUUGGUCUGUUGGAUGUUGGGGAAAGACAUUUAUCAACCACUGGGUUUUCUUGUUUGUUUCUUCUCAUUUCUGUUCUCCAGUCUGCCCUUACUGCAC